CCACUGUCCCUUAGCAACAAUCCUACCAGGCAGGACGCACUGCCAACACUGGACAAAACAGGCAGCAGCCAGUGGGGCAGCCGUCUGGAGAACUCCAGGACAGACAAGGCCAGCUGCCCAGAGAGCCUGGACCUAGCAUGGACACGGUGGACGCCACCAUGGAGAAGCUCCGGGAACAGUGCUUGUCCCGAGGGGCCUCUGGCAUCCAGGGCCUGGCCAGGUUUUUCCGCCACCUGGACCGGGACAAGAGCCGAUCCCUGGAUGCGGGGGAGCUCCGGCGGGGCCUGGCUGAGCUGGGGCUGGAGCUGGACGUGGCUGAGGCAGAGGGCGUGUGCAGGCGCUGGGACAGGGACGGCAGCGGAACGCUGGACCUGGAGGAGUUCCUGAGGGCGCUGCGGCCCCCCAUGUCGCAGGCCCGGGAGGCGGUCAUUGCAGCUGCAUUUGCCAAGCUAGAUCGCAGUGGAGAUGGUGUGGUGACCGUGGAUGACCUCCGGGGGGUGUACAGCUGCCACAACCACCCCAAGGUGCGGAGCGGGGCGUGGACUGAGGAGGAGGUACUCCGCCGCUUCCUGGACAACUUCGACUCCUCCGAGAAGGACGGGCAGGUAGGGGCCCACGGGGUGCUCCCACCUCCUCCUGCCCUGGCUCUCCACACCUGCUCAGAGGCUGUCUGCCCCCAGGUCACCCUGGCCGAGUUCCAGGACUACUACUGUGGUGUGAGUGCCUCCGUGGACACGGAUGAAGAAUUUGUGGGGAUGAUGACCAGCGCCUGGCGACUGUGAGCGGUGCACACUCAGCUGGCACCGCUGUCGCACAGGACCCCCACCACAGCACCCCCGAGUGUCCAGCUGGGCAGCCGCAGGGGCGGGGGCUGGGAGGGCUGGGGCCACGGAACUGGCUGGACCAGGUCUCAGAGAUCCUUGCUUGGUCACCAGGCCUAAGUGGAACAAAGGCCCCUGGGCUUCCUGAGGCCACAGCAGAUGCCCUCCCCCCUCAACCUCUGUUCUGCGGUGAUUGCCCGGCCCUGUUGGCACCCCAUCCCCCGCUCCUCCCGUGUGGUCCUGGGAGGCCAGGAGGCCCCUGCCAGGGUGUGUGCGUGUGGUGGGGGGUGAGAAGCAAAUGGCUCUUCUGUGAAGCCAGGCUCUGCACAGCUCAGUGGCAGGUCUCGGAACGCAGCUGAGCUUGGGGGCCUGUCCGGGUGUGGAGUGUGGGGCAGGGGCCCAGGGCAGCCGGCAGGUCAGGCUGCUUGAGGGGCCUUGCCUGGGAGGCAGAGGCCGUGCCUGGCCAGGCCCGCCAGCUUCCUGAUGCCCCUGGGGCACACAGGAGGCCAGGGUAUUUAAUUAAAAGAUUUAAUGUAGUUCCCAAAUACAUUUCAUGUGACAAUCUUACAUAAAUGUU